AUGCCUCGUGGGCUUCUUCCUCCUCUGGUAACCUCUACUGACGUCGUCUUUAGAGAUGCCGGAAACUGCUGUCCAUCAUUUAUUCGUUCCUCACUUUAUUGUGUCCCGACAAAUUCUAAUCUCUUGAAGUCUGUUGGAAUACCAUUUUCUCUCUCAAUAUGUCCAUUUGCUCAACCUGGUCCACAGGAGCAACCGAUUCUGCUGAGUGACAUGGGCCAUUCGGGGCCGGUGCGUUGUAUUCGUUGCAAGAGCUACAUAAACCCCUUUAUGCUAUUUAUUGAUGGCGGUCGCCGAUUUCAAUGCGCUCUUUGUCACGCAACUACUGAAGUUCCUCCAGAAUAUUUUGCUCACCUCGACCAUAAUGGCCAAAGAGUCGACGCCAUGCAGCGACCAGAGUUGUGUUUAGGUAGUUAUGAGUUGACCGCAACUGCCGAGUACUGCAAGAAUAAUGAAAUUCCAGAAGCUCCUGCAUUUAUCUUUGUUAUAGAGGCUUCCAAAGCCCUUAUAAAAUCCGGCCUAGUGUCCCUCUUCUGUAAUAGCUUUAUUGAUUCGAUUCUCCCGAACUUUCCCAGACAGGAUCAAUCUUCAGAAAGCGUAAUUCAUGUAGGCUUUAUCACUUAUGAUUCAACCCUUCAUUUCUACAGUAUGCCGAAGCUAAGCAGAGCCAACAAGGCUAUCUCUUAUUCUAGUAGUCUUCCCGCAUUGCCAGCACUAAAUGGUGAUAAAGGGGAGAUCGACUCUCCAGAUAAUGCUUAUGCGCGACCGAAAAUGCAUAUUGUAGCUGACAUGGAGGAGGCCUUCGUACCUGGCGUCGAGGGCUUUAUUUUAAAGCCUCAACGGAACCUUUUACAGAGCCUGCUCCAGUUUAUCUCAGCUAACUUUGGCCAUUUUCAUGGCUCCGAUGGUCAUAGUCGCAUUGAUGAUGUAUCUGUCUCUACAGGAGGCUCAGAUUCUGGAAGCAUGUUGGGGCCUGCAAUCCAAGCUGGAUUGGAGGCACUUAAGGCUGCCAAUAGACCAGGAAAGCUAUUCGUUCUUCAUGGAAACCUGCCAUCUGCUGUAGUUCCCGGUCGCCUGGUGAAUAGAGAGGAUCGAAAAUUGAUUGGAACUGAUAAAGAAAAGAAUAAGUGA